CGCACGGCUUGGCGGCCUGCUAGCCCUGGGGUCAGCGCCGGAGAAGGAUGGGGACCGCACCUUCGACUUCGCUGGGGGCCACCGUGGAGGUGGGGGCCAUCGCACACGGCGUGUGACUCCGAGUGCGUCUGGGGAGGAUGGACGACGAGGGCAUGGCGGACAGCUAACUGGGUCCCUCUUAGCGCCGAGGCGCGCGUCGCAGGUCCCGACGGGCUCCGUCGACGGCCGCGGCAGCGCGGAGCGAGUCACGGACCAUGAGGAGCGUUCGGACCACCUGGCCCAAGGGCAGCAUCGAAACUGGCCGCGUCCUGCCGCGCUGAGGGCCUGAGUCCGAGAGGGGCGCGGGCGGCCGGGCCGCACUGGAGCGCACCGCCAUGGCGAGGGAGGAGUGCAAAGCGAUGCUGGACGCGCUCAACAAGACGACCGCGUGCUACCACCACUUGGUGCUGACCGUCGGCGGCUCGGCGGACUCGCAGAAUUUGCGGGGAGAGCUGCAGAAGACGCGCCAGAAGGCGCAGGAGCUGGCGGUGGCCACCUGCGCCCGGCUGACGGCCGCGCUGCGCGACCGGGGCUUGGUCGCGGAGGAGCGCUCAGAGUUCGAGCGCCUCUGGGUGGCCUUAUCUGGCUGCCUGGACCUGCUGGAAGCCGACAUGCGACGCGCGCUGGAGCUGGGCACCGCCUUCCCGCUGCACGCGCCGCGGCGGCCGCUCGUGCACACCGGGGUGGCGGGCGGUUCCGCGGGAGUGGCGGCGCGCGCCCUGAGCACCCGCAGCCUUCGGCACGAGGCGGAGAGCGACUUCGACGUCAGGGACCUCCGCGCGCUGGAGCGUGAGAUCCUUCAGGUGGGCGAGAUGAUCCACAACAUGGAGAUGAAAGUCAACGUGCCCCGCUGGACAGUGCAGGCCCGGCAGGCCGCGGGCGCCGAGCUGCUGUCCAGCGCCAGCGCAGGCGCCUCCUCGGCCGGGGCCGUGUCCGCAGAGGAGCGCGCGGGGCCCUGCGACCCCAACAAGGCCCUGGCCGCCACCGUUUUCAGCGCCGUGCUGCUGGCAGCUGUGGCCCUAGCCGUGUGCGUGGCAAAGCUGAGCUGACCGGCACCGCCUGCUGUCCCCGCUCCCUCCCGGGAAGGGCUUGGAAUCUGGCUUGUUUAAGGGGAUUGGUUCAAAAACCCAGUGUGUGCAUGUGUACACGCGCGUUCCAAGCACACAUCUGCCUGGACAGGACACGGUUUCUCUUUGCUGGCCUGGCAGGAGUUAACUUUGUGCAGGCCGUCAGGGCAUUACCGCUAACGUGUGUGGGAGCUUAAUCCCCUAUUAAUAGAAAACCGUCACAGUGACCUGAGAGCCCCAAGUUAACACGUGCGCUGCUGGGCGUCUUUUCAGGGGGUCCAAAUUCAGUGCCCACCCUACCAGUGUCCCAUGGGACAGUAUGAAAAAGGGAAUGGGGUAGAAUGAAGUUUGGAGAGGGGUGCUGUUUUUCUCUCUAUGGGUGUCUCUUUCCUGGACAAGAAACAAUUUGCAAUAAGAUAUACGCAAUUUGUGUUACCUUAAUCGAUUGGGGCCUAAGUUCGGGAGCGUGGGCAGGUAGAGAAACUCUUACCAAGUGUUUUCUCCACUGAGCGCUAUUGCGCUUCCUGGCAGAGCUUAGCAUUAGUCAGGAACCAAAAGCAGCUAGAAGAGAUUUGAGGUCACGACCUCCCACUCUGUUCUGACUCUGUCCACCCACUCUCGAGGGAAUAUUCGGCUCCAGGGCACACACCUCGGUGGUGCGGAAAAGAGCUCUCCCCAGCCGGCCAGGAUGGGGUAAGAACGGAGGCUUUGGGGAGGGGCAAAUACUGUUUAAACAGGCGCUUUCUCCUUCUCUGGGGUUUAUUUUUGUUCCAGAACUAGACCUUUGGGGGAGGGCUGGGGAAUCCUCUUUGGAGAGCGUAAUCCUAUCAUUCCCCCCCUGACCCUGCACCGCGCCACCCCCGCCCCACAGAGGGUAAUGUGGUUUGAUCGGCCCACACAGGUUUUCAGCCAGUCAGCUCUGAGACUGGGUUAGAAGUAACAGCUUUAACUUGGGACGUUAAGAAGCUUUUUAAAAAAAAUUAUAAUCCUCUGAAAGAAAAAUGAAGUAGGCACAUCAUGUAUUAUCAAAACUGGUUUUUAAAAAAGAACGUUUCACCUGCCGAUGAUUCCAAUACAGCAGUCUUUGGACAUAUUCUGUUUUUAAAAUAUUAAAAAUAUUAUUUUUCCCCCCCCACAUUUCAUUUCAAAAUAAAAUCUAUACUCAAGGGUAGCAUAAACUACUGGAACCACAGGUGUGGGUACCAGAACGGAAGUGGCCCCUAAUUCUUUUGAUCAAUAAAUAAGGAAAUGUGGAAAAUAACCUUGGUUCCAAGAGGGCAUUUGCCUGAGCAGUGUUGCCACCUCCCACCUGUGGUCCAGAGAGGGCUGCGUUGCCUUCUUUAGGAAGUAAGGCUGAGAAAACAGGUGCAAGGAAGUAAGGCUGAGAAAACAGGUGCAUUUAACCUUCUAAAGGUAAUUUGGAAUAGAGCCCAGAGACUUUGGUUUGGCUGGAAACUGACAAGGAUUUUCUUUUUUCCACCCCAGAAGUGGGAAAAGGGACCAGGAGGAAAAGAUUGGGAGCUUUUUGUAAAGGCAGCUGGGAGAGCCAAGAGGCAGAGGAAGAUGUAGCUUCAGGAGAGCUGUCUGAACACCCAAUUCUAAGGGUCCCUUGCCACUUCCACCUCAUCCUGUCCCCCUCCCCCUCAGCACAGUAUCCAGAAAAAAAAAUCACGGGAUCUAUUUUGAUGUGCGUGUCUGUGUUCAUGCGUUUUAAAGACCCACAAGGUCUUAAGCCAAUUAAAUGUUUUAUGACAAUUACUAAUAAAAAGAACUCUUUCUGCCUCACCCCGUCUGGGUGGGUCUGAACAGGAACCACUUCCAAUUCUUUUGCACCUGCCUGCCUGGGGUGUCCUUGGAGAUGACACAGACAGUUUUAGGCCAGGCCUGAUUGUUCUAGCCUAUAAUCCCAGAACUUUGGG